AGCUGGUAAAAACAAAUUGGCAGAGCACACACUUUUCAUUCAGGUUUAUCUAAUCUGCUUUCAUAGUGGGCAUUGGCAGUGAAGCCAUUGGUCGCAAAAAAACUACUGAUAAAUAAAAACGAGAAAAAAACACCCAACAAAAUGUUUAUAUUGGAACUUCUUAUCUGUAAUUUUGAGUAAUGAUUGGCCAGACUAGUCAAAGUGUCUUGGAAACAUUAAGUGAUUUUAAAGCAAAAUGCAGCAGUUUUGAACGCACUGAUGUUUCGGUGCUUAUCUACUGUUAGUUUUUAAUUCACUUGGAUUCAUAUAGACAAACAAACACACAGUAAAUGUGUUUCAUGUAAAAUGGACAUGUUGACAAGGUUAUACUCAUUCCUCUCUGAUAUCACAAUUGUUUACAAUUGUCAACAUCUCAUAAUAUUUAUCUUUGCACACUAUUAGACUUAUCCUUUAUCAGUGACAAAGAAUAAUGCAUGUCCGAGUGUGAAUCAGCGUUAGUGUAACAGGGUAACUCAUUGCUUUUCUACAUAAAUCUUAUGUAAUAUAUAAAUCUAUAUAAAUCUUAUGAAAACAUUAUUAGCACCUGUCAUUAUUAUUAAACACUUAAAUUAUUGUUGCUUGUUCUACAGCAGACGUACUAAAAUAUAAAAUCUUAUGGUAGCAAAAACUUAUUUGACACAUACUUAAAAAGACAAAAGCUUAAAUCUUUAUAAACAAUAUAACAAAAAUUAUAUAUUUUUGUUCUAAGCUGAAUAUUCAUUUUACAAAUUAGUAAUUAUUUUUGAAAUAACAUGCUGGAAAGGUAAUGAAAGAUGACAACACUAAGUAAAGUAAUAGUAUCACAAGUGACAAUAUGAUAUAGAGGAAGGAGUGAAGACCAAACCCUGAAGACUCAACUUUCCCUCCCCCUUGAAUUUUUUAUUUAACCAAAAGGUACUGUGUAACCAGGAGACACAAACAGCCCUACCAUCAAUGUGUCACCGCAUCACUUUAUUUUACACAGAAAAUAGAUUUACUGUCAGCAAAGAACCUUUUAAUUGUCACCAGUGCGCAACCGGAGACAACAGAUCGUUUUCUUUUAUAAUCUCUGAAAUUAUACCAGGCUUCACUGCCUUGUGUCCUUGAUGGAUCAUUAACCUAAGUGAACUAAUCUUUAUUGUCUGCUGGAUGCAUUAGAGCUGACCAGACUACUUCCAGUUGCAAGAGAGGUAGUGGAACUAUCAAUGAACUACUGAUCACUGAAGUGACAAAGUUAAGGUAAGGUAGAACUGAAGUCUUUAAGUGGUUGGAAGCAUCAACACUUUGUGAAGGUUUGAGGAGAUAUUUUUAAGAGUACAGGUUCAAAGAAACUUCCACUUCUUUCGUAAAUCAACAAUGGUUGGAACAGGUGGCCCAGUGGCCACUUUCUCUCCUUGGGAUUAUGUGGUGUUUGCUGGAACGAUUGUGGGAGCAGCCAGCAUCGGCCUUUUCCAAGCCAUCCGGGGCCGGAAGGAGACCAGCAGUGCAGAGUUUUUGUUAGGUGGACGACAAAUGACAGCUGUGCCAGUCGCCAUGUCCCUGACAGCCAGUUUCAUGUCUGGCAUCACAGUAAUUGGCACACCUGCAGAGGCAUACCGGUUUGGUAUUGCCUUCUGGAUCUUUGGUUUUUCUUAUGCCAUCAUGUCUGUCAUCACUGCUGAAUUAUUUGUACCGCUUUUCUACCGACUUGGGAUCACCAGUGCCUAUGAGUACCUGGAACGGCGCUUCAAUCGGAUAAUCCGGAUGAUCGGAACAUCCAUGUACAUUGUGCAGACGGCUCUCUACACGGGCUUAGUUAUUUAUGCUCCAGCUCUUGCACUAAACCAAAUUACCGGGCUGGAUCUCUGGGGAGUGCUGGUGGCAACGGGGGUAGUGUGCAUCAUCUAUUGUACUCUGGGUGGCCUCAAAGCAGUUAUCUGGACAGACGUACUGCAGAUGGUGAUCAUGCUGGCAGGAUUUGUAGCUGUAAUAGCAAGAGGAGCCGUAGUACAAGGAGGUCUAGCGAAAAUCUGGGAAGAUGCUGCAGCAGGAGGCCGACUGGUAGCUUUUGACUUUGACCCAGAUCCUCUCAAGCGGCACACUUUUUGGACUAUAGUGAUUGGUGGUAGCAUAAUGUGGGUGUCUAUCUACUCAAUUAACCAGUCCCAGGUGCAGCGCUAUAUCUCCUGCAAAACCUUGGGACAAGCCAAGUUGUCUCUGUAUAUCAACAUGAUUGGUUUAUGGGCGACAGUGAGUCUUGCUAUGUUCUCUGGUCUUACAAUGUACUCCAUUUACAAGAACUGUGACCCACUUUCAAAUGGGGAUAUAGGUACUUCUGACCAGUUGCUGCCAUACCUUGUGAUGGAUAUUCUGGCAGUCUAUCCUGGAAUUCCAGGCCUGUUCGUGGCUGCAGCUUACAGCGGUACCCUCAGCACGGUGUCCUCAAGUAUUAAUGCUCUUGUUGCUGUCACUGUGGAAGAUUUCAUAUAUCCAUUCUACAAAGAUUUCACACAAAAACAAGUUACCUGGAUGAACAUGGGCCUGAGCGUGUUUUUUGGAUUCCUGUGUAUUGGAAUGGCUGGAGUUGCUUCAGCAAUGGGAAGUGUUCUACAGGCAGCUCUGUCCAUAUUUGGCAUGAUCAGUGGACCUCUUCUUGGCCUCUAUCUAUUAGGCAUGCUUUUCCGCACAGCAAACUCAACAGGAGGACUGGGAGGAUUGAUCACUGGUCUGGCGUUAACUUUGUGGGUGGGAAUUGGAGCUCAGCUUUACCCUCCAACAGCUGACAAGACACUUCCCCUUUCACUCACCACUGUUGGCUGCAAUAAAACAGUGGACCUAAACAGCACAACAGCAUCUCCAUGGACCAGCCCAGCAACUCUGACUCCACAACCAGAUUUCAGGCCUCCUAUAGCAGACUCCUGGUAUUCUCUGUCCUAUGUCUACUUUUCUCUUUUUGGCAUGCUGACCACAAUGGUGUCUGGCCUGCUCUUGAGCAUAGUCACUGGCGGAUGCAAGCAAAAGAAGCUGAACUCUGAUCUCUUUGUGAGGAGGAGUGACUUGAUAUGCUUCAGUGGUUGCAACAAUUCAGAGGUAUCUGAUGAAAUGGAAAAAGCUCCAGCAGACCUUCAUAUGGGAGUUGACAACAAAGCAUUUAUGGCGAUGGAUGUAAUGAAAGAGUCUGAACAUGCCACAAAAUUAUAAUACUAUUAUCUUUACUCACUUUAUUAAACACAUCUAAAAUAAUUUAUGGAUUUUUUGUAAAAAAGAAAAAAGAAAAAAAAAGACUUAACAAUGUUGUCUGUUAUUGAUCAUAUUGAAAACUUGCUAUGUUUUAUCCACUAUUUACACUCAAGAGUAAAAAGAUCAAAAUCAAAAACCAUUAUGUUCCUCAUUGGGUACUUAAAUAGAAAGGCAUUCAAACAGCGCCUGGCUAUCAUAUCUUUGUUUGCGUUGAUUAAGAUGCCUUCUGUUUUAUGUUUUAGUGGUGUUGUUGCAUUAUUGCUAUGUAACCUUUGCCAUUGUUUUGUUUUUAUAGAUGAUUUUUAAAAACAUAUUUACCUGGCAUUUAUUCUGCUUUUUACUCUGAAACAGAAAUACACUUGUUGUGUUUUUAAAAUAUGUUGAAAGGCGUAAUAGUUUUGAACAUACCUUGACUUCUGCUUAUUUUUCUAUGAAAACUGUGCACUCUUUAUGAAAAAUCUGAAAAAUAUUUCUACUUAUUAAUAAAUAUUUUCUACUAUUCAAAUUUACCAUGACUUCAAAUGUUCACAUAACAUUCAGAUAAACUCACUUUAGAGAACAAUAUACCACAUGGUUGAAGUAAGAAUAAAAGAUGAAAGAAACUAUGAGGAAAUUUUUACAAUGCAGUUGAUGA